UAGUUGUAGUUGCCUUAGAGCCGCUGUUCUCCAAAUGUUUCUGUAUAAUGUAGCAGUAAAUUGCAGCUUUAUAGUUGUAGCUCUAUAAUUUAGCAGUAUAGCUGUAGCUUUAUUUAUAGUUGUAGCUUUAUAAUUGCAGUUUUAUAGUUGAAGGUUAUAGUUGUAGCAAUACAGUUAUAGCUUUAUAAUUGCUUAUAGUUGCAGCAUUAGGAUUAAUAGCUUCACAGUUUCAUCUUUAAAGUAGUAGUUCUAUAGCUGUAGGUUUUGCUUUAUAGUUGUUGUUUUUUAAUACCACGGUUUUCCGCAGACGCCCGAUGUAAAUAUUUUAUGAAUAAAUAAAUAAAUCACAAAAUUAUAACAAAAUGUAAAAAUAUUAACUCUAGCACUAAAAUGUUCUUUCUUUGUCAGACUGUAUUAACAGUAGAGUUACUGGACCCCUCGCUUCCCCGUACUAUUAUAGAACACUCUGGGCCAGCAAGCUAAACCAUUGUAUAGUUCAACUUCAUUGGAUUAAAAACAUAAUUUUACAACUGCAGUGAAUCUCAAAACUUUUUAGAGGAAAAAAUGCGUCGUUGCCGAAUUACAGACUUUUGAAAUUUUUGCUUUGUAUUUUUAUGUACUUUUAUCAUAAACUUUUUUGCUAAUUUUACCUUUACCGUCUCUCAAACUAAGCAACUGAAAACUGCUUCGUGUCAUUCUCAUGUGUGUGAUGCAUCAAAAUAGAGUGAGAACACCUGAACCCUGACGUCAAGACUUGUUAUGUAAAUUACGAGCACACAUCUUUGUAGAGUGUUGUUGUUUUUUCAAAGUGCUUUUUUCCAUUCAGGUUGACCGGGAAAGGUAUUUGUGUUUACAUUACGGUAAAGAUAAUUUUAUUUGAAGUAGAAAAAAAAUGGCCAGCGGUCAAGCUUUAUAUUUACUUUAUGUCUUUUCAACUAGUGCAGUGUGCUUGGGCUAUGGAGCUACCAUAGUAGACGCGGUGAAACCACACAGAUGUGAAGACCUGCUUUGUGCUGAACCGCCACUAGGAUGCAUAGCCCACGCCUUCAAAAAUGAAUUCAACUGCCCAAUAAAGUGCAGUUACUCGUGCGGCGCUCCUUGGUGUCUGCCACGCACCUGCGCCGAGCACUGCCCAGGGGACUACGCCAAAGACAAAAUGGGCUGCCUCACGUGCGAUUGUAAGCCUUCUUGUGAGCAGAAGCGCUGCUGGGUGGAUUGCCCUUUCGGUUACCUUCGAGACAAAACGGGGUGCAGGACUUGCGCAUGCGCGUUCAGCAAUACUCUGCCGCCUGUCUUGUUGACAUCAACGACGUCUACUCUACAGCAGAAGCCAAGUGAAAACGAGGCUGUCUCUACAAGAAAAGGCACACAAUGGAGCAGCUCCGCUCCUAAAGCUACCACCACAACACCAAAAUCUUUGUAUUGCAUUUUAAGUAGCGAAACUACGACUUCAGUCAGUACCUAAAUAAGGCUACAUAAUCUAACAUACAAGAGGCAACAAGUGUGAUGCAUCAGACGUAAAACUGCAGACUUAUCAACCAACUUUUGUCUGCUAAUUCGUUAUGCUUUCAAACAUCUAUAUAUUUAUGUGUUCAUCUGGCGAGACAAUAAUUUCUACCGAGGUACACGCUAUUGGGGACUCUCACGGGAAACUAAAAAAAAAUGCCAAAGACGCUAAAUUCAACUUGAAUGCUGCCAACUAUAUUUAAAAAAAUGAGCUAAUAAAUUUGAUUCAGCAGUGCGAAAAAGUGCUUGAAAAUGAUCUUAAACAUCUUCAAAACUCAUUUCAACAUUUGUUUUCCUCUGUCCACCUGACACACUAAAAGUGAGCUAUCAGCCAUUGGUGGACAUCUCUAGUCAUAAAAACAAACUUGUUUUCUUGUAUGAAGAGGGCAAUAAAGAAACAAAACAAAC